CGGUAGAAGGAUUGCGUUGUACUUGUCUAUCAAUCGCUGUACGUGGAAGGCGACGUCCUGUGAGGUUAUCGACUUUCACUGGGUUUCAUAUCUGAGAUGGAGACCAUGAGGAGCAUUCACUCCCAACGUCUGCAUACUGUGACCCAAGACGAGAAUGCGGCGACGGCAUUCCGAGCGGGUAAGCAAUUCCAAGGCGGGGAGAGAGCGGUUUUGGGAGGUGGUGGAGUUGGCAAUGGCAUGAAGAAAGGGAGCCUUGUGGGAGGAACGCGGUCCCCUGACGGUGGGAGCAAACCGGCGGCGGCUCUCUCGUGCUAUUCAGAUUCUCGGGAAGGAAAGAAAGCAGUUGGAAGCGAGGCCGGUCGCCGGCGAGCGUUAGGAGACAUUACCAACACGAAAAAAGUUCUCCUCGCAGUUGGAAAGAGUUCCUUAGCAUCAGGAGGAGGAGAUUUGAAGUCGUCGGCGGCCAAGGGCGAUAAAGGCGGAAGGUUCAGCAGCGGCCAGGAGGUGAAACCCCCGCCGCAAGUGAAGCGAACGCUGCCGUCUAGCAACGUCUCUGGCCGAAAGGGACAUCUCCUGCCUCCGCUGGAACCUGAGAGUCGAGCGGAGUUUCGUGGAAAGGUAGGUGGUGCACGGUCCCUGGGACAGACCAAAGGCGAAGCAGAGUCUUUUAUCAGUCGCACGCUGAGAAGCAUCGAUGAGCGCGCGGAAAAGUAUGCUGAUGAGGGAAUUGAGCACUGCUUUAUGACUUCUUCGAAGGUUGCUGGACUUGUGGAAGAGAUGAAGAAGAAGGAUUUGGAGGAGACGAUCAAGCCUCUCCUUGACUUCCGCACUGACUACUUCCCGCAUUUUAUCUCGAGAAGUUCAAGCGAUAGGCUGGCUUAUUCUCUUUCUCCUAAGCGUCGUGGUUGCAAUCUUGUCCCUCAGUCGCCUCCGCCGAAGUCUCCGUCGGCUUCUUUGCCGUCAUGGGAGCGUCUCGAUCUUGAAGAAAUGGGGGACGGUGAGGUUGGAGGCAGGGUAAGACCUAUGUUUCUAGAUGGAGACGACAGUGUGCUUCCGGAUAUACCUGUCGAACCGAUCUUUGGUCAUGGGGACUUCUUAUCAUUUACCAGCUGCUUCCCUGUGUUUGGCUAAACGCAUUUAGACUUUGGUGUUUUGGUGUUGCAGCCGAAGCACGCGUCCGUGAGUGACGACAACUUCUAGUUCUACUUCAUCUUGUAAACUGGUUAACGAAGUGUGACACGUUUAGUUUUGGAUUUGCGAUUGUGUAGAUAUGGACAGCUGAAAUCGCUGGUGUAGAAACGUGCAUGAGAGAGAGAGAGAGAGAGAGAGAGAGAGAGAGAGAGAGAGAGAGAGAGAGAGAGAGGCAGGGCGAUGGAGAACGAAAGUGAAGCGCAGUUUUCGAGAGCAUAUCGAUC